AUGAAUACCAGCUGGGCCGUCGCGACGCCGCCCGCUCGCGAGGAAGAGCCCGCCUCCGCAAUUGAGAGCCUUCCGAACGAACUGCUACAACUGGUCUUUGGAUUUCUGCCCUCUGCCGCCCUGAGGGAAGCUGCGCUCGUGUCCACAUGCUUUCACCGCCACGCCACCGACUUCCUCUGGCAGCAUGUUAAUCUCAUGGAUAAACCUCACUUCUAUGAGAAUGAAAACUUCAUGGACAUCGUUCCCGACCGGAGCACGGGAGAGACGGACCAGCAUGACGAUACCCCAAUCAUCUUCAAGCUGUCUAUUCUAGCUACCAACCCGACCAUCGCCUCCAAAGUCCAAGUCCUGACACACCGCUGCCACCUCCCGACCCCAAACAUCUUCUCCGAAUUGCCACACAUGCACUUUGACUCCGAGAAUCUGUCGCAGGACAACCGCAUUCACACCCUCCUCUGGCUCGCCAUUCGGAACCUGACCAACGUACAUACGCUACGAAUAGUAUACGGACAUUACAACUUGACACGGAUACUGCUCGCAGCUUUCCUGGACAAGAGGCGACCACAGCGCGUUCCGUUGCGCAAACUGUGGGUAGAGAGCUCGUGCUUGUCAGGAUUCGAAACCAAUUACAACGACCUGCUGUCACCCGAAUAUGCGACGGGUCUGGAGUCAGUGCGUAUUCGUCGUCUGCGCGUGGAGCUUGAAACCCCCUCAGAGCGGAGCAAGGCACAAUUUGAGUACAGACUCGCACGUGGCGGGAGGAGUCUUGCGAUGCACAACGCUGCUGGGGGCUUCCUGCACACUACUGUCGAUAUACACGCAUUCCCAGCUCGUCUUCCGGCCACGGUUGUGUUGCCUACUCCUGCCGAGUUGCGAGCGAAGGCGGACGCGUACGACACGCUGAUCUGGGACAGACUCAAUUUCGAUGGCCCGGAGAUCCAACAUUUUGUCGAUUCCAAUCAGUUUCCCUGCCCCAAUCUCAAGUCCGGACCCUCAAAUUCAAUGAUGAACAUUAUCGGGAAGUCAUGGUCGACCCUGACGAGCUUGAAUCUGGAUUGGAUACUCUGGCGACAGCAUGGCUCGACUGAUGAUACACAGGCAAUUAGCGACCUACGACAACUCUCACAACUAAGGUUUCCCAAUUUACGGUCGUUUCAACUCCGAAAUGCCGUAGUUGAUGAGACAGGGCUACCAGACGGUGUUUUUCUACUCGAAGACAUGUUCCUAACUUUCAUGGAAGUACACACGAAGAUACAGUGCCUUGCAUGGCCGCUGGAUCGUGUGUACUCCCACGUGAAGCCCAGUUCUGAUGUGUUGAUCCGCGCGCGGGCUGUUGUGGCCCAUCUCCGCAACGUGCUCGUCGAGCUACGGCUAGACAGUUUCUAUUCUGGGAACGGCGAAAUGAACACGGAUGAAGGACGAGAGCCUCACGAACGGGAAGAGCGCGUCCGCCGUCGCCGCUUUAUCAGCGAGUUUGCCGCGCACAUGCGCAAGAUUGAACAGCUCAAGCUUGAAGGCGGCAUUCCCCGUGACGAGAAGAGGGAGCUGGUACGAGCACUGCACCAAUGCCAAUUGAAGAAGCUCGUGCUCAUUGGAGUCACGUUCCCAAUAGGGAAUACAUGGGGUGCAAGGGGGAUUGAUCUAAAGCAGCACGACCCGAACCAUGUAUCCGAUGCCACGUAUCAGCUGGAAGAGGAGGAUUUUGAUGGCAUUCUCGCAUCGUAUAAGAACGGAACUGUCAUUUCUAACGAUUGCAGCUUUGAGCCAUACUACGGUUGGCGCGCAGAAGCUCCGUUCAUGCAGUGUAUUGCUCUUCACCACGCAUCAACGAUCGAAGAACUCAAGCUAUGUGGCUACAACGGCAGCCCCAUUCUUUCGUACCUGACUCCGAUCACUACCCCGCUACUCUACCCUCUACGACACUUCGACAAUUUGAAGCAACUGGUAAUAUCUUUCUGGCUCUUGACGACGUUCGAAGACCAGUAUCGCGACGCCGAGAUCAUUCAAUCAUGGAUGGACACCCGCUCGCCAGCUUCCACGGCGCUCGUUGUAGUCACACCACCCGCAACUCCCCCCAUUGCCCCACCCGUGGACCCUGCAAUGAUGCCUCGGGCUCGCAAUCAAACGUCCAGGCAGCAAAACUUCAACCGAUGGGCCGUGACACUCAAGACGCGCUUCACUCCCAGCGCUCUCGCAUAUCGCGUUGCAGAGGACAUCGCGCCGCACUUGAGUGAGGUUGCCAAGGCGAGGCCUGGCGGCGUGCGCGUUCGAGCGAGCUUCUGUCUGGGCACGCGGGAAGAAUCACGGUCUGCCAACGACAUCUUCGAUCUGGACAUCCGCAUUGGAAGGCAGGGUAAGGUGUUGGAAUUUAUUGGACCGAGGGAGGAGGCCGAGAAGGGGAGAUUCUGGCAGAAGCUGGAGCGGAGGCGGUGGUUCUAG